AGUUAAAUCCUCUCUCUGAGCUCUCCAACCAACUGAUCCAAUCUCAUCUCUCCCAUACCCUUCUCUGCCUAAAUCCCUCCCACCCCUUCCCAAUCCUUCUUCUUCACCUUCCCUCUCUUUCUAAUACUCCGUACAAUGUUUCUUUACACCCAUUUAAAUUACUGACAUAUACAUAGGCAUACACACAAACAAUGAAGAGAUUGAAAACCUUCUUCCCCCGCACCCACCAAGCAAUGGACAACCCAAGAUGGAUCCUCCCACUAGCAAUCUUCUCCACACUCUCUCUGCUCCUCCUCUUCCUCACAACCCUAACCUCCCUCGCCUCCCUCUUCUCUCUCCUCCCCCCCUCCCUCUACCCUGCCGUCUUCGUCCAACCAAACCUCCAGCCGCUCCGGACCACCUCCCUCCUCCCCCCUCCCCCCCGCCUCGCUUACCUCGUCUCCGGCUCGGCCGGCGACGGCCCGAUGCUCAAGCGUACCCUCCUGGCCCUCUACCACCCCAGCAACCGCUACGUCGUGCACCUCGAAGCCGAUUCCCCGCUUCAGGAGCGGCUCGAUCUGGAAAGCUUCGUCAAGAAUAAUACCCUUUUUGGUAAGUUCGGUAAUGUAGCGAUGAUCAAGAAGGCGAAUAUCGUGACGUAUCGGGGCCCCACGAUGGUGGCGAACACGCUGCACGCGGCGGCUGUUUUGUUGAGGGCCGGUGGGGAGUGGGACUGGUUUAUCAAUCUCAGUGCCAAGGAUUACCCACUUGUUACUCAAGACGAUCUGCUUCACACGUUCUCGAAUCUGCCGCGUGAUCUUAAUUUCAUCGAUCAUACCAGUGAUCUUGGGUGGAAUGAGAAUCACAGGGCAAAACCAGUAAUUGUUGAUCCAGGGUUGUACAUGGCAAAGAAAGCUGAUAUUUUGAGGACUACGCAGCGAAGAAGCAUGCCGACGGCCUUCAAGCUCUUUGCAGGUUCUGCUUGGAUGGCACUUUCUCGUCCAUUCAUUGAUUUCUGCAUAGGGGGAUGGGACAACUUACCUCGAACAGUCCUCAUGUACUAUGCGAAUUUCAUAUCCUCCCCGGAAGGUUAUUUCCACACGGUCAUCUGUAACGCUGAAGAAUUCCGCAACACCACCGUGAAUAGUGACCUCCACUUCAUAUCUUGGGACAACCCUCCUAAGCAGCACCCUCGUUACCUCACCGUCGAUGACAUGGCGAAGAUGGUGGACAGUAACGCUCCAUUUGCUAGAAAAUUCCACAUGGACGAUCCGGUGCUUGACAAGAUCGAUUCUGAACUAUUGUUUCGUGGUAAAGACAUGGUGGUCCCUGGUGGAUGGUGCAUAGGAAGCAGGGAAAAUGGGACCGAUCCUUGCUCUGCUGUGGGUGAUCUUACAGUCAUCCGUCCUACUGCUGGUGCAAAACGGCUGGAAAAUUUGAUAAGUUCUCUGUUAUCAAGUGAGAAAUUCCGACCGAGGCAGUGCAAAUAACAAAUAGCUACAGAGGCAGUUCUCAUGUAAAUAGGCCUGUACAUAAAGGGGAAGACAGCACAAUAAG